AUGUCCAGGGUGGGGGCGGUGGUUUUGGAAGAGGUUGAUAUUGCUAAGGGAAGUGAGUUCGACCUCGGCAUCGACCCUACGGUCGUCCGCCUGUCAGGCGGGAACCACGAGUUCAAAAUAUCGUUCGGAGACGGGGCGAGCCGAACGUACACGCCGACAAAACUGCUCUUCAACCAACGCGCCCAGUAUAUCCGAGGUUCUGCAACUCGUAUCUUCCUGGUUCGAGAUGAGAACGACAUCAAGGCGGUGCUCAAGGAUUCGUGGCGUGACUCGGUCGUCCCUCGGAAGAGCAUAUUCUCGACAAUAUCUUCGAAGCCUUCACGCGGAAUCUGUCGAACGACUAUUCUCUAG